GCCGGCGCUUCCAUUCUUUCAUUCAACUUUCUCUCCCUUUUCUCCCUCUCUCGUCUCCAUCUCCAUCUCACUCCCAGCCCCUUCCAUAUCAUCGAAAAUGGACCGUUCGAACAAACCCUCCGCCAUCGGUGUCGGCGCAUCGUUGCCCCAGCCCAGCGUCUCAGUCAGCGACAACACCGUCGUCGCAACCCUCCCUACCGGCGAAUCCGUCACGGUCUAUCUCUACGGCGCAACUGUCACGUCUUGGAAGCUCGCAAACGGAAAGGAGCAGUUGUUCGUGAGCGAGAAAGCCCAGUUGGACGGAUCUAAGCCUAUUCGCGGUGGCAUUCCUGUCGUCUUCCCGGUCUUCGGCCCUCCCCCUCCCAACCACGCUACCUCGUCCCUCCCGCAACACGGCUUCGCGCGGAACUCGAACUGGGAGUUUCUCGGGAAGUCCUCAGAGUCUCUGGGCACGGACCGCGACGAUGCCGUGAAGUUGGACUUCGGUCUCUCCCGGCCCAUGCUGAGCCCCGAGUUCCAGAACGCCUGGGCGUAUGACUUUGGUCUCGUUUAUAGCGUCACCCUGACGAAGGAGGGGCUGGAAACGUCCCUGCAGGUGCAGAACAAGGGCAGCCAGAACUUCGACUUCCAGGUGUUGAUGCAUACGUAUUUUGCCGUUGAGGACAUCUCCCAAAUCCGCGUCCAAGGCCUCGAAUCCAAAACCUACGCCGACAAGACCCAGAACGGCUCCGUUAACACUGAAUCAUCGCCCGCAAUUGCCAUCACCCAGGAAACAGACCGCGUGUACCAAUCCCUCGACCCGCAGGCCCCCAUCGUCGUGUCGUCCGCGACCGACAACAAGCCUCUGUACUCGAUCACCCGCGAAGGACUCAGCGACGUGGUGGUGUGGAACCCGUGGAUCGAGAAGGCCAAGAGCAUCGCGGAUUUCGGGCCCGACGAGGCGUACAAGAACAUGAUCUGCGUCGAGGCGGGCUCGGUGGCUGGAUGGCAGACUCUGGAGGCCGGUGAUUCUUGGGUCGGUGGACAGACGAUUCGGCCGCGGUUGUAAUGAGUGAGUCAGGGAGGGUGUGGCGUGCUGUGUUCACGGACGUACCUUUGCGUGGAGAACUUGUUGAUUCUUUGACGAUCAUGAUGAUGGACUGAUUGAUUGAUUGAUUGAUUGAUGACUUGAAGAUAUCUAUCUGUUUUUAUUCUUCCCUCGCUUUUUGCUUGAUUGAUGUGUAAGACUUGUGGCGUAAAUGAGAAAAAGAAUAGAGCUUUAUAUAAAGACC